AUGGGACACCCCAAGAAUACGCCACGGAAGCGGGGGUCACAGGACGACUGGACCACGCCACUUGGCAAUUAUGCCUUCGACUCACCGGUGAAGCCGAGAAACGCGUCCACUCGACGCCCUCCGUUUUCCCCCACCUCGCCCAACACGGGCAGAACGCCUCCCAGAGCACGGUCAACGAAACGCCUUCAACUCGUCGACAACGAUGGCGACGACAGCGUCUGGAGUCUUCCGGAGGAGGAAAGCGAGGGUGAACAGGUUCCGGCGGCAAAGGGGGUGUCGUCCAAGAAACCCAAGUGUGGCGGGGGCAACCCGUGGGCGAAGAAGCUCAAGAAGGACAUCAUCGUCGACACAGACGAAAAGCUUACUCUCGUGGAGCUCGUUACAGACCUCGUGUCUGGUGUCGCAGAAUCGUGCGACAGGCGGAAGAUGAGCCAGGAGCUGAACGAGCUGGUUGCGGAGUACGAGCAGUCGAAAGCCAAUCGUCCCGUGGAAGGGCGGUCUCUUUUCGCGCUCAUUGGCAAGAAAGGUGCCCAGACCACCGAACAGCGACUAUCAGUGGCCAACAUGAAGGGGAAGCCAGAACUACGGAGGUUCAUUCUCGACAUCGAAGAAUCGGUAUCAUCAACAGGGCUCGUCUUGAUCGACAACACGACGAAGUCACGCAAGGGGACGGAGGCGAACAACGCCAUGGUGAUCGACCCCAGAAGCGGGGAAUGGGUCAAGGCCACAAGACUGAAAGGCAAAGCAGGCGGCCCCAAAAGCAACUUCGGCAAGACCAAAGGCGAGACCGUGGCGGGCGCGAAGGCGCGAGAGGCGGCCGCUUCUGCAACCUUCGACGCCGCCAUGACCGACGAAGAGGCAGCAGAGGCGAAGCAGAAGCUGGACAACGCGACCAAGAGGCACAGGGUCACCGAGCCGGCUAGGGCCGACCAAGCCAAGGGCGGCGCCGCGAGUUCAGGCACGGACUGCAACCAAGGUUGGCGCAGGACCCAAUGA